AUGGUCCCCAUCCAUGAAACCAUGUUUUUAUACUGUCUCUCUCUGUGACUCAUUUAUGUUCGGUGUGCAUGGUCCCCAUCCAUGAAACCAUGUUUUUAUACUGUCUCUCUCUGUGACUCAUUUAUGUUCGGUGUGCAUGGUCCCCAUCCAUGAAACCAUGUUUUUAUACUGUCUCUCUCUGUGACUCAUUUAUGUUCGGUGUGCAUGGUCCCCAUCCAUGAAACCAUGUUUUUAUACUGUCUCUCUCUGUGACUCAUUUAUGUUCGGUGUGCAUGGUCCCCAUCCAUGAAACCAUGUUUUUAUACUGUCUCUCUCUGUGACUCAUUUAUGUUCGGUGUGCAUGGUCCCCAUCCAUGAAACCAUGUUUUUAUACUGUCUCUCUCUGUGACUCAUUUAUGUUCGGUGUGCAUGGUCCCCAUCCAUGAAACCAUGUUUUUAUACUGUCUCUCUCUGUGACUCAUUUAUGUUCGGUUUGCAUGGUCCCCAUCCAUGAAACCAUGUUUUUAUACUGUCUCUCUCUGUGACUCAUUUAUGUUCGGUGUGCAUGGUCCCCAUCCAUGAAACCAUGUUUUUAUACUGUCUCUCUCUGUGACUCAUUUAUGUUCGGUGUGCAUGGUCCCCAUCCAUGAAACCAUGUUUUUAUACUGUCUCUCUCUGUGACUCAUUUAUGUUCGGUGUGCAUGGUCCCCAUCCAUGAAACCAUGUUUUUAUACUGUCUCUCUCUGUGACUCAUUUAUGUUCGGUGUGCAUGGUCCCCAUCCAUGAAACCAUGUUUUUAUACUGUCUCUCUCUGUGACUCAUUUAUGUUCGGUGUGCAUGGUCCCCAUCCAUCAAACCAUGUUUUUAUACUGUUUGAGAAACAAAUAAUGAACUGCAAUUAAGCCAUUUCAGUUGCCAGUUAUUGCGACCGUUGUCAGUCAUAUGCGGUGUGGAAAUAGAUAAGGCGUAUCUCUGUUGCUGUGGCUGGUGGAGAUAUUCGGUUUGACCGAUGCCAUAAGAUGCUGAGUUUUCUGAGGUGCUUCAGCUGUGUCCUAUAUUGUACGGACUGAGAUGACCCACAUCCGUGUGCAAGGCGACUUGCCCAUAAACAAAUUAACUGUCUAAUUUGUUUCUUAUCUUCUCUCCCAUGUCCCUUUUCUUCUGCUUGCUCUGUUGCUCCUUACGGGAAAAUCCACUCAGAAAUGGUCGUUAAGCGUCAUCAUACGGCGCAUUUUGCAUCAUCAUGAGGAUGUGUCAAGUGACAAUUUGAUUUUCGAAGUCCUAUAUCUUGACAAUGUGAUUUCUGACAUGGAAAACACUUUGGGAAUUUAUCAACAGUGGACUAAUUAAAAAAAAUAUAUAUAUUUUGGGUUGGAUUUGUCCUUCUACGCACUCUCUCUCUCUCUCUCUCUCUCUCUCUCUCUCUCUCUCUCUCUCUCUCUCUCUCUCUCUCUCUCUCUCUCUCUUCUCUCUCUCUCUUUAUUUCCCUCCCUCGCGCAAUUCCCCGGUUGUAUUGGGGUGGAUGACGCGGCACCCAUACCUGUGCUGUGUGCUUCUUGUGCCGGCUGGGCGUGCAGCCUGGGGAAGGAAUGGUGAUGGGGAUGCGGCUGCCAUGGUAGCCAACCACCCAGAACUACCACCUCUCAUCCACUGUCAAGAUGAACUCUUACAGAAUACUACCAUGUGUCGAUGAGAGCAAGAGGGAGACAUAUCCUUGACAACCAGAGAGGGAGGGUCAAAGAGCGACCUGCGUCAUUAUCCCUGAGAGAGAGAGGAAUUAGGUGCCAAUAUGCCUGGUGUGGAAACGCUGAGGGCGUCAGUAGAAAGGAGAAGGUGGGCCUCAGGCCAGGAGAACAAGGGAGGAUGGAGAGAUCUCGAUGAAGAAAAGCGAGCUGGGGAAAGGAGGAGAUAAGAGAAAGCACUGCCAUCAUAUUUUUGGAGUUACAAAUCUAUUGUUUUUACGUGGCAAACACCCAGAGGUGGGGUUAGGAUGCACAGAUCAGUGGAGAGGAGACAGAUCACUACAAGCCAUUGGAGAUUAUAAAACAUAUUUAAUCACCACCUUUCUCUUUCCCCAGACAGUCUUAGCCCCAGACAGUUAUUAGGCUCCUAGUUGAACAUUGACAGGACAUAUUGUCCUGUUUUGACAAUCUGAAAGUGACAUGUCUGAGAGUGACAGAGAGUGAAUCUGAGAGUGACAGGUUAUAUUGAUCUCCCUUUGUCCCCCUUCUCCCUGGUUAGGGGAUGGAUGGGAUGGCGGGAGGUGUUGGGCCCCCUGGCGGGGGUGAGGGUCGGCCGGGUCGUAGUGGAGGAGACUCUCAGAGGCGCAGUAAGGGCAGCCUGCCCUCCCCAGGGUACCGCCUCUCCCAGGCAUCGCUGGAGGGUGACAGGUCAGGGGUCGAAGGGUCCGGUUCUGGAGGGGGGCGACGGCGCCUCUCCAUCUUGAGUGCCACCAGAGACGGCCUCCCCUUCCGUUCAGCUGGCACCCCAACCACCCCUGUCCCCCUGCCCCCUCCUCCAGCCCCCUUCUCCUCCACCCAGCAGCGUUCUGUUGGCUUUUCCUCGUCACGCGCUGCCCUUGCCUCCACUUCCUCCUCCACCGGCACCGGAGUGGUAGUUGUAGCGUUGGGCCCGGAAACCACGACAACCACGGCUUGUAACACCGUGGCGGGCACGCCGGAGAUGGGGAGUCUGUCUGGGACGGGGGGCAUGGGGGGGUUUGGGAUGGGUCUAGACGGGGAGGACUACAGCUACUCCAACCAGUCCACCUUCAUCCAGAGACAGUUUGGAGCCAUGCUGCAGCCGGGGGUCAACAAGUUCAGCCUGCGCAUGUUUGGGUCCCACAAGGCUGUGGCCAUGGAGCAGGAGAGACUCAAAUCAGCAGGGGAGUGGAUCAUACACCCCUACAGCGACUUCAGGUUCUACUGGGAUCUGAUCAUGUUGUGUUUGAUGAUGGGGAACCUGAUCAUCCUGCCAGUAGGAAUCACCUUCUUUAAGGAUGAGAACACUCCUCCCUGGAUCAUCUUCAACGUGGUCUCUGAUACUCUCUUCCUGGUUGACCUGGUCCUCAACUUCAGGACCGGUAUCGUCAAGGAGGACAGCACUGAGAUACUGCUAGACCCCAAGGCUAUCCGUCAGCGCUACCUAAAGAGCUGGUUUGCGGUGGACUUUGUGUCAUCCAUCCCUGUGGACUACAUCUUCCUGAUGGUGGACUUGGAGGCCCGGCUGGACUCCGAGGUUUACAGGACGGCCAGGGCCCUCCGCAUCGUACGCUUCACCAAGAUCCUCAGCCUGCUGCGCCUGCUGCGCCUGUCACGACUCAUACGCUACAUCCACCAGUGGGAGGAGAUCUUCCAUAUGACCUAUGACCUGGCCAGUGCCAUGGUGAGGAUAGUCAACCUGAUAGGCAUGAUGCUGCUGCUGUGCCACUGGGACGGAUGUCUACAGUUCCUGGUUCCCAUGCUGCAGGACUUCCCCCUGGACUGCUGGGUCUCCAAGAAUAACAUGGUGAAUGAUACGUGGGGGAUCCAGUACUCCUAUGCCCUUUUCAAGGCGAUGAGCCACAUGUUGUGUAUUGGCUAUGGUGCCCAGGCUCCAGAGGGCAUGACAGACGUGUGGCUCACCAUGCUCAGUAUGAUCAUUGGUGCCACCUGCUAUGCCAUGUUCAUCGGCCAUGCCACCGCUCUCAUACAGUCCCUGGACUCCUCAAGACGACAGUACCAGGAGAAAUAUAAGCAGGUGGAGCAGUACAUGUCAUUCCAUAAGCUCCCUGCAGAUGUCCGUCAGAGGAUUCAUGAGUACUAUGAGCAUCGCUUCCAGGGCAAGAUGUUUGACGAGGAGAACAUACUGGGUGAACUCAGCGAACCACUAAAGGAGGCGAUAGUUAGCUUUAACUGCCGUAGCCUGGUGGCUCACAUGCCGCUGUUUGCUAACGCGGACCCUAACUUUGUGACGGCAGUGCUGACCAAGCUUCGCUUCGAGGUGUUCCAGCCCAAUGACUUCAUCAUCCGUGAGGGCACGGUGGGACGCAAGAUGUACUUCAUUCAACACGGACGAGUCGGCAUACUCACCCGCGGAAACAAGGAGACCAAACUCAGUGAUGGGUCCUACUUUGGGGAGAUCUGUCUGUUGACUCGGGGCCGGAGGACGGCGAGCGUCAGAGCAGAUACAUACUGUCGUCUCUACUCCCUCAGUGUGGACAGCUUCAACGAGGUCCUGGAGGAACACCCUAUGAUGAGGCGGGCCUUCGAGACGGUGGCCGUCGACCGGUUGGACCGCAUCGGUAGGAAGAACUCUAUCCUGAUGAGGAAGCCGUCCCAGGCGGGUUCCAUGGCGGGGGGCAGCGGUUUGGGGCGUGGGGGUCGAGGAGGAGGGGGGCGGGGCUAG